ACGUGAUGCAAAGAGUGACGUAAGAGGAAGAAGUCGCCAUUAGAGGGAGGCGGAGAGACGGUUGUGAGUCCUUGGCCUGUCAUACACGCAGCUUGUAACCUGACAGCCCGUGUUUGGUGUCUGUGCUUCCGGGGUGUUGUGUCAGGAGACCGGGGCUGCUUGUGGCCUUCAGUGCGGCCUGGGCCCCGUGUGUCGGUUUGGUUACCUGCUCCGACAGUCUCCAUGGCGGCGGGAGGAGGAGCUGGAGCUAGCAAGACGUACUCGUUCAAGGUGGUGCUGCUCGGGGAGGGCUGUGUCGGGAAGACCUCGCUGGUGCUGCGGUAUUGCGAAAACAAGUUCAACGACAAACACAUCACCACCCUCCAGGCAUCUUUUUUAACGAAGAAGUUAAAUAUCGGUGGCAAAAGAGUGAAUCUUGCGAUAUGGGAUACUGCAGGUCAAGAAAGAUUCCAUGCACUUGGUCCUAUCUACUACAGAGACUCAAAUGGUGCUAUUUUAGUGUAUGAUAUUACAGACGAGGACUCUUUUCAGAAGGUUAAAAACUGGGUGAAGGAGCUAAGAAAAAUGCUGGGGAAUGAAAUCUGUUUGUGUAUAGUAGGCAACAAAGUAGACUUGGAAAAAGAAAGACAUGUCUCCAUUCAAGAAGCAGAAGCGUAUGCCGAAUCUGUGGGAGCAAAGCACUAUCACACUUCAGCCAAACAGAAUAAAGGAAUUGAAGAACUGUUCCUGGAUCUUUGUAAAAGAAUGAUUGAAACUGCACAGGUAGAUGAACGUGCUAAAGGAAAUGGCCCAAGUCAGUCGGCGACUGCAAGAAGAGGAGUACAGAUUGUAGAUGAUGAACCACAGGCACAGAGUGCUGGAGGAUGCUGUUCUGGAUAACCGUAUAAACUAUGUGGAGAUUUUCCCCAUCCAGGAGAUUGCCAUGUUCUACGUCACACAUUCUUUUACUGGCGGAGUAAUAGAAUUUAACAGUAUUGUAAAAGCCUUUAACAAAGCAGAGACCAAGUGCUAUACUAGUGGAGUUUGUGACCAGAGAAUUGGCGUUUUCUACAGCUGUUAACAGAGCAAUUACCAAUGGCCUUUUUACAUAUGUUUUUUUUUCUUUCAUGAGGAAUAAUAUGCAUGUAGAAAAGACCUACAUAAAGCUUCAUUUAUAUUCUUUUUAAAUCUGAUCUUUAUUUAAUAACUUAUGUAUGUUAGAAAGGUUUGCAUUUCUCGCAGUCCUUUUUGUGGUUUUUGUUUAAAACUAAUUGUAUUUUCUCUAAGAUGCAAACUGUUUGUUUUAUAGGCAGAUACAUGUCAUUCUGUUUUUUGCAGGGUAUGCACAUGUCCUACCUGUCCACUCUGAUUCUUCUUCAUUCAUUCUGUAAUCAAAUCUGGUAAAUGUGCACUGUACAUUACAUAUUAAAUAUUUUAUCUGCUUUUUCAUGCGCAGAAAUAUGUACUAGAA